UAAAUUUUCAUUAGGGUUAUGUAUAAAAUGGAUAGUGAAUCCAGAACAUUCUAUUAUAUUGUUAUUUUUUGGGUGCUUCUAGUGCUUCUCGGUUCUAUAUUGCAAAGAUGCUGUGCUUAUCGAGAACUUCAGAACGUUUAUACCAGCUAUCUUUAUGGCGAUACUGGACCACCUAUCGAUUACUUUGACCAAGGAAAUGAAACAGGAAGUGUAAGAUGUUCGGAAAUUUUAAUCACUCGAAUAGAAGGAGGACCUUCAGUGAAAACAAAUGAGUUUGACAAGCCUCCCAGCUAUGAUGAAGAUCUUCCCACAUACAAUCAAGCAAUCGAGAUGGAGAAAAAAAUUAAAAUUCAUAGAAGUAAGGAGAAAACUACAUCGAAAGGUGUUGUGUGAAUCAUCUGAGGAAUAUUUUCAAUUAUUUGGAUUCUGUUAAUUUAAUUGCCGCAUGGUAAUUAUUCAUUAUGAUUGAUAAAACAGCGAAUUCAAGGUUUCAAUGUUGAUUUGUGGUGUAUAGGUAUAUUACAAAUGAUCAAGUAAGGACAGCUUCACAAUAAAUAAUUUUCGAUA